AUGUUCCACAAGCUCAACCCCGGCUCGCCGGUCAGGGUUUGGCGCUGGAGCUCGGGACGUCCCCAACCUGGGGCGCGGGUUGAUGACAUCGAGCAACCGAGCACUCCGCCAGCCAGAGGCGGUGUCUACCUUCGGAGCAUAGACGAAUCUGCGACAACCGAUCAUGGAGCCUCCACCGGCCUCUUCUUCCGCAAGUUAUCACAGUCACCAUCACCGUCACAUCCUUCAACACACUCAGGUUUAACAAGAAGGCGAACCUGCCACAUCGGCUUCGUCAAGCUCUCGCAAUUUAGAAUGUUCCUCAUCCUGACCCUCGUCUUCCUCGGCGGCUACGUCCACUACCUAUGGAAAGCAGAAGCCGCCCUCGGCGUCGCCUGGGUGCCCGAUCCGGAGGCCAGACUGUUUGAGCAGCGGCCGCUCCUCCCCCCCAUUAAGGAGACCAGCAUCGACACCUACACGCUGCCGCUGCACACAAAGGGCCGCGACGUCGUCGACGAGGAGGGGCGCCGCUUCAAGCUCCUGUCCGUCAAUUGGUACGGCGCCAGCGAUGAGCUGAACGUCCCCGGCGGCCUCGACGUUCAGCACCGCGACGUUAUCGCCCAGACCAUCCGUGGUCUGGGCUUCAACAGCGUGCGGCUCCCCUACAGCGAUGAGAUGGUCAUCACCAACCCGCCCAUCCCCGCCGAGCUGCUCGCCGCGAAUCCGGACCUCGUCGGCCUGAAAGCCCUCGACAUCUUCGAGGCCUGCGUGACGGCAUUGACCGACGCCGGCAUCGCCGUCAUCGUCAACAACCACAUCACACACUCGACAUGGUGCUGCGGUGCCGACCCCUGCGACGCCCACUGGGCCAACGAUCACCUCGGCCCGUUGUGCCGUAUCAAGCAGACCGAGGAGGACUGGAUCCAGCACUGGGAAGCCAUCAUGCUACGUUUCGUCGACAACCCCCGCGUCAUCGGCGUCGACCUGCGCAACGAGGUGCGCGGCGUAUGGGGCUCGAUGACCUGGGACAAGUGGGCCACGGCCGCCGAGAAGGCCGGCAACCGGCUUCUCGCGAUGAACAAGGACUGGCUGGUCAUCGUCGGCGGCACGGAAUCCGGCAACGACCUCACCGGCGUCGCUAAGCGGCCCGUCAUCCUGGACGUCCCGGACCGCGUCGUGUACUCGGCGCACGUCUAUGCUUGGUCCGGCUGGGGAAGCCUAGAGGGACGCUACUCCAAGCGCAGCUACGCGUCCUUCGUCCAGUCCAUGAGGCACAACUGGGCUUACUUGGUCGAAGGCGACCAGUCGCCCGUGUGGGUUGGCGAGUUUGGUGCGCCGCACCGGCCCAACAUUGGCGACGCCAACUACUGGAACAACCUGAUGCGGUAUCUCAAGGUGAUCGACGCCGACUUUGGUUAUUGGGCCGUCAACCCGCGCAAACCAAAGGACAAUGUCAAGGAGACGUACGCCCUCGUCGAGGACGACUGGGUCACGCCCGUGCUGGAUUACAGGAUGAAGGACAUGGUCGAGAUCAUGCGGGCCUAG